AUGGCAGUUCAGGUCCGCGACACCCAUUUUGGCCGAUUCGUGCGUUUCAUAUCAUGCAAAAGGCUAUUGCAGUAUCCAGACGAGCUUGACCCGACUCUUGCGAAUGCUUUCACUUUGAGCGGCCAGCCUCGCUCUGACGAGCUGUUAAAGAAGGAAGCUUGUGACGGUGUCGACCUCCAAAAUGAUGCAUCCCAGCCCCCGAAGGCUGCUCAACGCUUCUAUCUGGUGGACUGGUACGGACCAGACGAUCCCGAGAAUCCCCAGAACUGGUCAUCAUCUUGGAAACUUCUAGUUGCUACCCUGAUCUGCGUCCUGAACUUCACCGUGUACGUUGCAUCAUCGAUCUACGUUCCAGGCGAAGAAAGUCUUAUGCAGGAGUUCGGUGUCGGCGAAGUGGUAGCCACCCUCGGCCUCUCGUUCUUCAGUCUGGGCUAUGGACUUGGACCCAUGGUUCUCUCACCGCUGUCGGAAUUCCCUACACUGGGGCGUAAUCCAGUAUAUUUCUACAGCCUCCUCACUUUCGUCCUGCUUCAGCUACCCACAGGCUAUGCCGUCAACAUGCCGAUGUUCUGCGUCUUCCGCCUGAUCACCGGCUUCUUCAGCAGUCCCGCAUUGGCUACAGGCGGCGCCACACUCGCAGACAUGUAUCAUCCCAAGUUCGUCGCAUAUGGCAUUUGCAUCUGGGGCUCCUGCGGCCUCCUCGGGCCCGUGGCCGGUCCUCUUAUCGGCGGCUACAUUGCCACCGCGAAAGACUGGCGCUGGACGAUCUGGUUUGUGGCCUGGCUGAACGCGUUGCUCCUUAUACUCUACUUCUUCCUCAUGCCCGAAACCAGCGCCGCCAAUAUCCUCUACAAGCGUGCCGUACGUCUCCGUGCUGCCACCAGGAACGAGCGUUUAAGGAGCAAGUCCGAGAUUGACGCCGCGCAGCACACCUGGCGCGACCAUUUGCGCGUGCUCGGCCGGGCGUUCACACUCACAUUCACCGAGCCUAUUGUGUUUGCACUGGACCUCUACACCGCGCUGCUCUACGGCGUGCUCUUCAUCUGGUUCGAGUCUUUCCCGCUGGUCUUCGGCGACAUCUACGGCUUCAGCAUCCGCCACCAGGGCCUGGUGUUCCUGGGCAUCCUGGUCUUUGCAAUUUUCUCUGUCCCAGCGUUCCUGCUCUGGGUGCGCUGGGGUAUCGUGCCGCGCGUGGGCUCGCCAAACUUCAAGCCGGAGAUGGUGCUGCCGCCGACUUUCGUGGGUAGCUUAGCCCUGCCGGUGUGCUUGUUCUGGUAUGGUUGGACUGCACGAGAGAGUGUCCACUGGAUUGUACCUAUUGUGGGAAGCGGCUGGUUCACGGUGGCGAUAGUCACGCUGUUCAACCCGGUGAUGAACUAUCUCGGCAUGGUGUAUCCCGAUUAUGCGGCGAGUGUGUUUGCAGGAAACGCGUUGUUUAGGGCGUCAUUUGGGGCUAUAUUUCCUCUUUUUGCAAGGCAGCUGUUUCGAAAUCUGGGUAUCGGGCCCGGUAACUCGUUAUUAGGAGGGAUCUCGAUACUCUUUCUACCAAUGCCUUUUCUGUUCUAUAUGUACGGUGAUAGGAUUCGUCUCAUCAGCAAGAAUGCCCGACACGACAAUGAGUGA